AUGGUGCGACGCGCCUCGAGCGUGCCGCAUCUGAAUAAUAGCGGUGCCAGUAGUGCCGAUAGCAUUACAAGUACAGCCCGGGGGAGAGCUCCUGCUGGCGCAGCGGGAGGAAUGCGCGGCAAGCGCAUCACUGGUGGCGGCGGCGGCGCCGGCAACAAGGCAACAACACCGACGCAACAGCGUCAGAGCUCCGGUAGCAGCAGCGGUUCCCGUGUACCGCGCUCCCGCAGCCUGACCAACGGCAUGCGCCGCGUGAGUCCCCACAAGGGCGGCAACAGCGGAGGGGGCAGUGGGAGUGGCACAGGCGGCAGUUCACGCAAUACGCCGUACUUUCUUCGUUCGCGUGAAAACGAAAUUGGCAGUGCGGAUACCUUGGAAGUGGUGGCCUCCAAAUCAACGGGCACGGGAACGGGCAGCGAGGAGCCAUCGACGCCCGAGGACAACAUCAAUGUGGUUGUGCGUGUGCGUCCACUGAACGAGAAGGAGAAACGUGACAGACACGGAUCAACGUUGCAGUUUCCAGGCAAUGGACAAGUCAUCAUUGAGGGUAAUGAUAUGGGCGCAAAGCGUUCCCAUAAUCGCGACAGUGUCCGGGUCUUUACGUACAACGUGGUCUUCGAACCGGGCGCCACCCAGGAGGAUAUACUGGACUACUCGGGCAUCAAGCGCAUUAUUGAGAUGGGCAUUGAGGGCUUCAGCUGCACGGCCUUCUGUUACGGGCAAACGGGCUCAGGCAAGACACAUACACUGACCGGACCACCAGAUUUGUUUUUGGGCAAACCCAAUCCGAAGGAUCCGCGUCAUGGCCUGAUCUUCCGCUCGUUUUUGUAUCUCUUCCAGUUGAUCAAGGAUCGCAAGGAUGUUAACUAUGUGCUCAAAGCGUCGUUUAUGGAGAUUUACAACGAACGUGUAAUCGAUUUGCUCAAUCCGGGAAGCGCCCGUAAGCCGUUGGCCGUGCGAUGGUCCAAGAAAUCGGGCGGUUUCUUUGUGGAGAAUCUAUUUACGGUAGACUGCGAGGAGCUGGACGAUUUGUUGGCUGUGCUUGAGGAGGGCAUGAGGAAUCGAGCCGUGGGAUCACAUGCAAUGAAUGAUCAUUCCUCGCGUUCCCAUACGAUUUUAACGGUACACAUACUCUCAGAUCAGCAAACAGAUGGAGGCGUAUUCCUCUCCAAGCACGGCAAAAUCAAUUUCGUCGACUUGGCUGGCAGCGAGCUGACCAAGAAGACAAUGAGCGAGGGCAAAACACUGGAGGAGGCCAAUAACAUCAACAAAAGUCUCAUGGUGCUCGGAUAUUGCAUAUCCUCGCUGAGUGAUAACAAGAAACGCACUGGCCACAUUCCAUAUAGGGACAGCCAGUUGACCAAGUUGCUGGCCGACAGUCUGGCUGGGAAUGGUGUAACCCUAAUGAUCGCCUGCGUCUCACCGGCACAUUAUAAUCACGCCGAGACGUUGAAUACCCUGCGUUAUGCCUCACGGGCGAAACGUAUACGGACGAAGCCGGUGAUCAUGAUGGAUCCGCGAGAGGCACUUAUACUCAGCCUGAAGCGGGACAUUCAUGCGCUGCAGAUGGAGAAUGAGCAUCUCAAGGCUGCUCUCAAUCUGCAUCAUCAAGCGGCGACAGUGAAUGAGCCUGUUGGCAAUUUGUUGGAACUGCAAUUGGAGCGUGUGAACAGCGGCGAUGCUGGUGUCCUGGUGCCCAAAGUGGACCUGGAGCGACUGCCCGAACUGGAUGGCACCGAGCUGGCGGAGCUUGUUAAGCUCUACAUGGCCGAAAACGAAUCGUUGCGACAGGAGAACAACCACUUGUUUACGGUCCGCGAAACAAUACUCAGAGAUCAGGAGAUUGUGUGCAGGGAAAAUGAGCGUUUGCUCAAAAAAUUGGAGGAAGUUAACAAUGUCUGUGUGCGUUCACCUUUGAUACCCGCUCGACCGGCCUUCUCCCCAACAACAGGCAAAGAGACGCCCGGCACCGAGAUUUGGACAAAUCCUGAACCAGCCAUUCCAGCAGCAGUUCUCCCACUGGACCAGCGAAUGUCUGAGAACGCUGAUAAUCGUACGAACACGGCCCAAAAGCGAAUUGACCAACAACGUAUUGCCAGGAACAUUUUGCUCAUGGCUAAUGCGUUUAGAAAGCCCAAUGAUCAGCAGCAGCUAACCAAGGAUAACAAUAAUAUCAGCAACAGCAAUAAUCCUGAUUAUAUGCCGGAGUAG